AUGGUAAGGAAACCAUGCAGCUCUGAUUUAAGGCCAGGCUUGAAUAAAGGAGCUUGGACUCCUCAUGAAGAUCUGCUCCUCAAAAACUAUGUGCAAACUCAUGGAGAAGGGAAUUGGAGCAAUUUGCCUCACAAAACAGGUCUUCUGAGAUGUGGAAGGAGUUGCAGGCUACGUUGGAUGAACUAUCUUCGACCAGAUGUGAAUCAUGAUAACAUUUCUGCAGAUGAAGAGGAACUCAUUAUCAGACUUCACAAGCUUCUUGGUAACAGGUGGUCGUUGAUAGCAGCUCGCAUAGCUGGCAGAACAGAUAACCAGAUAAAAAAUGUAUGGUAUUCACGUUUAAGCAAGAAGGUUGCCAAAACAGCAACCCAGCGUUGUAAUGUAGUAAAACCAGUGCCAUACAAAUAUAAAACAUAUCCCCGGAAUGAAGAUAAUAUUGUGACUGCUAAUCCUGAAGUAAUGUGUGAGCAAAUCAUGGAUGAAGAUGGCAAUCACCUUCCAUUUGAGGCAACAAAGAAGAGUGGAAAUGGUGAAGAAGUGAUGAAGCAAAUUGGUGAUAGUGCUGAUAUUGAAUUAAUCAUAAACCAUCCAGUCUGGCUUUCCCCACCACCAAAAGCUCCAUCUCUCAUAGAAAUGCAAAACACCUUUGGCAAUUCAGACAAUAUUGGAGACAUCAUAAGCCAAAGCUUUUGUUGGGCAUCUUCAUCUCUGUCUCCACUGCAUUUUAAUGGUGUUCCUACUUCUUCAGAGCAUUUGCAGGGUACUGAGGAUGCCCAAAUGAGGUUUAAUGGCACUGGCAAACAAAUUGUCAAAAGUUAUGAUUGA